AUGAAGUUCACGCUCUCCGUUGUCCUCUGCACUCUUGCCCUCUCCGCCACUGCCGCUCCCACGGGUACCCAGACUGCGACGGCGGCCACGACCUCCUCGACUAGCAGCGUAGCGCCCAGUACGCUCGUGCAAUUCCAGCUCAUUGACACGGAUCUGUGCAUCGCGGGCACCGGCACUACCGUCGGCGCCCAGUUCACGCUUGAGUCCUGUGGUUCAGAACUCACGACCUUCGAUCUUCCCGGAGGUGCGCCCACGGGCCCGACACAGCUCGUCUUGAACAGCACCAUCUCCAGCGGUGAACCAAUUUCGUGCGUCAAUGCCCGUGACGUGGCUGCAAACGGGGCGGUCUUCCUGGAUGUCUGCGAGGACGACGCGUUUGAGCGUUGGCGCGUCGUGGGUGGCUCGGGAACCGGGCCGAUCAUCAAUGUCGGUACACCUGCAGAUGAGGGCACGUUCUGCCUGACGGUGGCCACUAUCGAUGCGGGAAGUCCGAUCAUCUUCUCGUCCUGCACUGGUGGGCUCGCACAGGAGUGGGUGACUCUUAUCGAGACGGACUAG